CGGCGCCCCUGAAGGCAGGAACGUCCUCCCCCGAGCCUCCCAAGGACUGGCUGCGGUCGAAACCCCUCACGCUCGGCCCCGCCCGCGCACGGAACACAACGUUCGCUGUUAGCCGCCGCUGCACGGGGGGAAAAAGGCGAGAGAAAUUCGAGGUUCCGCCCGGCUAGGAGCUACGGGCGCUGAAGAGCGCUGGCGCGAGGUCCGGACGGCGAACUCUCACCCAAGACGAGAUCCCUACGCGAGCGCCGGGGAUGCGGGAGCCACCGCCCGCGCGCGUCUUCCCAGCCAAUCCGGGACCCGCCCUACCCACCGCACGCACGCACGCACGCACCCACAGAGACCCUCGCCUGCCGGCCGCUGGCUUCUGAUUGGCCAGGGCCAGGUGUGGGCGGGACAAGAAGAAGCCGGCUGGACGGCGAGCGCGGGCGAGAGCCAGAAACCAGUUGGAGCCUAAGUCUUGUCUUUGUAGGAGGAUUCUUCAGCCACUAUGUCAACCAGCACAGAUGUUUCUCUUUCUUCAUAUGAUGAAGAUCAGGGAUCUAAACUUAUCCGAAAAGCUAAAGAGGCACCAUUUGUUCCCAUUGGAAUGGCAGGGUUUGCAGCAAUCGUUGCAUAUGGAUUAUAUAAAUUGAAGAGCAGGGGAAAUACUAAAAUGUCUGUUCACCUGAUUCACAUGCGUGUGGCCGCCCAAGGCUUUGUUGUGGGAGCAAUGACUCUCGGUAUGGGCUAUUCCAUGUAUAAGGAAUUCUGGGCAAAGCCUAAACCUUAGAAGAAGAGAAGCUUCUUGGUUUUGUUGGUGGUGCUUGCUUUAGUUAGGCAUCUCAUAUUGAGUUUAUAUGUUUAUGUUGAAAAUAAAUCAUUUGAAUGGGUCAGACAAUAACAUGGUAAUUUAAAUAUUGGCUUCCUUACUUGGAGGCUUGAUUUGCCUGGUAACCAAAUUACUAGUGACCAGUUAACUAGCUAGGUCAUUCAGGGGAGUCAAAUUAGCACAAAAGAAACAUGUCACUUUUAAAUGUACUUCAUAGUGGUAAAAUAUGCUCCUUCUUAAACUCUUCUGAUAAAAUCAGUUAUAAAGAGGACAAUUUGGCAAUCCUAAAGUACUCCCAGUUGCUGCAGAACAUCACAUGCUUUUUAUGUUAUCCCGUUUAACUUUUUUCUGCCUGUUUUGCAGACUGAUGGAGUACUUCAGUUUUUAGGGCUGGUUGGCUCUUAACCCUUUCGGAACAGUGCAUGGAAUAUAAUAAUUAUAAGCUUCCCCACAACUGAAAAUACGUGUAUUUAAACCAAACCUAAAAAGCCGAUAACAGCUGCUUAGAAGUAGUAUUUAUUUCAGAAUCAUACUUGUAAACAUGAGAAUAACUUAACUGUGAAUCCCAGUUUAGUUUUUUUUUUUUGUAAUUGCAGAGUUAUAUUUAUGCUUCUAUUAGAAUAAUUUUUAAAUGCUAUCUUGAAAUAGAAAUGUGUAUUUUAAGUACUAAUGCAAAGGUUAAAUGAAAAACACUUUUUAAAUGUAUGAAGUUUGUUUAUUUUCUCUGUAAGAAUCAUAAAUGUUAACAAAUUACUUAUAGUUGAAGUGAUUAAUGAUUUAUCAGCAAGGUGGUUUGGUCAGACAUUAUACACAAACUUUGCUAUACUCCAGAAUGCUUUAUUACACUUGUGAAAUUUUCUUGUCUAAUCUGAAUUUACAUUCCAUGGUGAUAACACAGUAAAUGCAGUGUUAGUAAAGCAAGUGAACAUAUCAAUUGCCUUGUAUUUAUUUCAGUUUGGAAAAAAUCAAUCAUUCCUCAAAGUAACACAAGAAUUAAGUUCCAAGAAAAGAGAGAAUGUUUUGUACCUUUGGUAGGAACUAAGUUUAAAGAAUAUUUAUCAAAUAGGAAUAAUAGUUAAUAGCUAUUGAGUGUUUACUAUGUGCCACUGAGUAUUCUAAGUUCUUUUCAUGUAUAAUGUCAUUUAGAUUUCCUAACAACCCUAAGAGGUGGGAACUAUGAUCCUUAUUUAACAGAGGAGGAGACUGAGGCAUGAACAGUGUAAAUAUCUAACCCAGGAUCACAGAGCUAGAGAGGGUUAUAGGUUUGGGAGUCAAGUUGUAGAUACCAACAGGUAUUAGAAAUGUUGGCUUUUGUGAAAUUAAUGCUGGAGUGGCAGCAGUUAUCAUAAAUUAAUAAAGUUAGGCAAGAGGCUACAGCAUGGUCUUGACUCAUCACCGACUGUAUAACUUGGAUCAAAUCCGAGUUUUCUCAAUCUUAGCUAUAUGAGAGAUUGAGCUAGGUAAUUUCUACAGUCCUAUGUAGCUUAUAGGUCAUUAUAUGAGUCUAUGAAAAGUGCUUUAAAAAUAAAAGCUAUUACUAGGAACUAUUUUCUCAGGUUCCAGUAGACCUGAUAGGAGAUCCUGGAAGGCAGUCCUAACAGUUGCUUCAUGAAGGAUAAGCCUUCUGUAGAACAAAUUUGGGAACAAUUUUCAGAAAAUCGUUCUAAUAGGUGAGUACGUAAUUAAUCUGUUACACUAAAUAAAUUCUCAUUUGAAAAAAGCUGACUAGACCAAUACCAGAGGAUAGGGCAAACACAAGUGAAGUGCUGAAAGGGCAGUGAGCAUUUUGUAAUUAAGGGUGGGGUUGCUCUUCCAAGGAAGAGAGUGGUAAAUUAGCUGGAUGAAUAGCUUGGCAUGAAAUAAUGGAAGUUCUUAAAAGUGGCUCAGGUAGAUGUGCUAUUACAUGUUGUUAGUCCUGGGAUCACAGCUCUACCACCUACUAGCUAAGUAGCCAUGGUUUCCUCAUCUGUAAGAUGGGGACAGUAUCAGUGGCCGAGGUUCAUUAGGAAGAUGAAAUGCGGUGUUGACUGUAAGGACCUAGCGUAGCAUCUGAUGCAGAAGUAGACUCAGCAAAUGACUGCUACUGCCGUCAGUACCGUGCUACGCUUGGGAAAGCAGCAGGGCUGAUGCGUGGGCUCUGUCCUCACAACUGACAAGUCCGGCAGGGAAGGCUGCCAUUAAGUGAUUACAAAAAGCAUGUUGAAUGCUAGAUAUAGGUAGCAGCAGUAACAUCCAGCGGGGGGACUUAACCCAGGGCUGGAGUCAGAGAAGGUAUCCCUCAGGAAGCUGUGAGAUGGUAUGUUGAUUUUCACUGAGAGUUUGAUUCCUCGGCUUAAUGUUACAUGUUGUUGGGGCGUUGAUGUGUGAUUUCUUCUAGUCUCUUUGAGGGCAUGAUCUUUUUCAUCAAAAGCACAUGGCAUUAGUACCUGGCUCAUAUAGAUGUUCAAUAAAUAUUUGUUUAAUUAAUUGGAAUAA